CUCCUGGUUCCGCAGUCACUUCCUGCAGCUGUUUCCCAGUGAUUCGGGCUGGACUGACUUUUGACAGUGAGCCUUCGGCUGCGGAGGGUGCUCGCUCCGGGCCAGCCAGGAAAGUUGAGCCGAGGGAGGCGGAGUUGAGCCGGGCCGAUCCCGGCGCGCGAGCGGGCGGCGCGGCAUCUUGGGCGGACGCUGCGCGGAGACUGGGGCGCGACCCGGGGGUUCCGAUUUGAAGACCUGACUUCUUAUCAGCCAUUGGAUUAUGACCAAGCCUUUUCUACCCAAUGAUCCUCUUGCAACACACCGGGCUUCCUCCGCCUAAGCGGCCCUCAUCCUCUCUUCCUAUGUCAGUGGCCGCCAGGUCUACAGGAACCUUGCAGAUUCCAGAUCAGAAACCUUUUGGGCAGGAGACUUCCUUGGCAGGGGAAGAAGAGUUACCUAAGGGAGGGGAGCAAGACUCUGCCCUGGAGGAGCUAUGUAAGCCUCUCUACUGCAAGCUCUGCAAUGUCACCUUGAACUCAGCACAGCAAGCCCAGGCCCACUAUCAGGGUAAAAAUCAUGGUAAGAAACUCCGAAAUUACUAUGCAGCUAACAGCUGUCCUCCUCCUGCCAGAAUGAGCAAUGUCGUGGAACCUGUGGCCGCUCCAGCUGUUUCAGUCCCUCCGCAGAUGGGGUCCUUUAAGCCAGGAGGCAGAGUGAUCCUGGCCACAGAGAAUGAUUACUGUAAGCUCUGUGACGCUUCCUUUAGCUCUCCGGCUGUGGCUCAGGCACAUUAUCAAGGGAAGAAUCAUGCCAAGAGGCUGCGGCUGGCAGAAGCUCAGAGUAACUCGUUCUCGGAAUCCUCAGAGAUUGGACAACGUCGGCCCCGGAAAGAAGGGAAUGAAUAUAAGAUGAUGCCUCAUAGGAGAAAUAUGUACACAGUGCAGAAUAAUUCAGCAGGUCCUUACUUCAAUCCCCGCUCUCGGCAGAGGAUCCCACGUGAUCUGGCCAUGUGCGUUACUCCAAGCGGCCAGUUUUACUGCUCAAUGUGUAAUGUUGGAGCUGGUGAAGAGAUGGAAUUCCGGCAGCAUUUAGAGAGCAAGCAACAUAAAAGCAAGGUGUCUGAACAGCGGUACAGGAAUGAGAUGGAGAAUCUGGGUUAUGUAUAGAGAUUAUUGUAUUCAGAUAGAGCAGCUUGUCCUUCCUGUUGUUUGCUUUCUGUCACUAUGUCCUGCUUUGUGGUCCUUUGAUAUGAGUACAUUCCUCUGCUUAAUAUAAUACAUGUAACUUGCAGUGGUACCAUGAGAUGUCAAAAAUGGGGAAGGCACAGAACGUGCUUCUGAGGUCAUCAUGCUUCUUCAGGUCAUUUGUGUCAAGCUGCUUAGAGCAUGUGACCUACCUACCCUGUGAGAAAUAACUUAUUAUCUUCAAACAAGUUCUGGUCAACUAGUAGCCUGACUGCUUAGAGCUUUAACUACUUAAAAAUUUCAUUUUCUUUUCCCAUUGUAUUUUUAUGCACUGCUAAAUAAAGACUUUCAUUGAGUUCUUACAUCAGAUCACAGUAAAAACAGGUAAACAGUGAUUGCAGUUUCCCGAGGCUUCUUUGGAGCAGCUCAAUUGAUACUUUGUCAGUAGGCUAUGUGACUGUAAUUGGCAGUAGGGACUUUGCCAGGACAUAUUACCCCUUAUCAUGUCCUGCCAUUAUUGAAAGGCAGGUUUCAGUGGAUUUUGACAUUUCCAAUGUGCUUGUGUAAUUCAAAACAGCAAAAUUUCAUUUCUACUUAUAAUUUCACACAUUUAAAUGUCACCUUUUCCCUCCUACUUUUCUUUCCCAGAUGAAUUUUUUUCUCUGGGAAACUCAUUUUCUUGUGUCAGUUAUAUUAUGGGUUUCUCAAGCCCCACAUUUGAAUAUCCAGUAAGUUUAUGAUAAGUAUCACUAAAACUAUUUUUAGCUGUUUUUAGGAAAUGUACAUUUAUUUAGGAAAUUUAAAGUUAUAUUUUGUCUUUCAGUUUAGAAUUAUAUCAUGACAAUAACAUGUACUUACAUCUUGUUCUCAACCAUAAGCUCAGAUCGCUCGAGAUUUGCUUGGGCAGACUUUUUAGAUAAACUCUUUCUUUUUUGUGACAUUUUUCUGUGUCAUACUAGCUUAUUGACUGUCCUGAAAAAUAUUGCCUCCUUAUUGUUUUACAGGUAGGGAACUUUAAAAAGUUGACCAAAUUUUAAUAUUUACAGUAGAAGUACACGUGGACUUUGGUUUCAUUCUUUAUAAUUCAGUUUCAUUAAGAAGGUAAUAAAAAAUAGAGAUUAUUUUGGUAUCUAAUAAUUAUGACAGUAUUAUCUUUAUUUUUUGUUCUAGAAAAUAAAAAAAACUCGGCAUAUGUUUAGUUAAUGAAUGUAGUACUCUAUGACCUUUCAUUAACUGUAUUUUAUCUGUUUACUAUGUAAUGUGGAUAAGACUGGUGCUCAUCCAUAUUCCUUUUGAAAGACCACCUUCAAUAGGUGGUUUGUAUUGACCUAUAGCUUUGCACUAUGACCAAGUUCACAUUUGAUUGCUUAUAUUACUAAUUAAGGAUAAAACACCUGUUUUUCCUUGCAAAUUCUGUAGACAAAGAGAUGGCAGAAGGAAAAUUAUAGUCAUCACUCUUUUCCUUUAAUACUUUGGAAAAUUUUUUAACAACCUAUGCCUAUAUUUAAAAAUCAGGUUUCUGAUUAACCCCCUGGUACAGUAUCAAGUUACUCUCUUCUGUUGAAAUAGUGGUUUUGAAGAGUAGAGUUAUUUCAUAAUUUUUUUUCCUCCAUGGAAUGGAAGAAUGAAAUUAUGUUCUGUUGACAUUCUACUUAAACCUACGACUCUUAGUAUGAAAAUGUUUUUGCGGUGAUCUACAAAGUACAAUUGAUUAGUUUAGGGCAAUUUAGAGCUUGUCUUAUCGGUCAAUUGUUCAUUUUGCUGCUAAGUAUAAUUUUUUGGUAGAUUUUAAUAUUAUAGUGCUGGCCACUCCAUUCUAUGAUUAUUUAAAACUCUCAUUUUUUCCCUCUGUGUGUAUGUAUGUAUGUAUGUGUGUAUACAUGUACAUAUAUAUGUAUACUUAUAUACAGUACACACACGUAUAAAACUAUGUAUCUGUAUUUUUAUGUGAUACCAUAUGGAAAAUUUCCUUGAAUCCUUAUUUCAGACAACAAUAAAAGAUUGUGGAUAAGAAUUUAUAUUUUGUAAAAGUGGUGUUCAUCCACUUUCAGUUUCCUCUACAAAUAAAAUUAAAGGAAUGAUUUCCUCUACUUUUCCUCCUUAAUAAUUUCACUAUAAUAUAUACAAAAAGCAGCGGACUUAAGGCCUUGAUGUUUUUCUGGGCCUUGUGUAUUCAGGUUUCCAGUCUCCCAGUGCCCUUAAUGGAUGUUAUGAAUGCAUUAACGCAUUUUCUUUUAGAGAAGAAAGUUAGAUUUAUAGUGUUGUUUCCUACUCGCUAUAUUUCUUUGCACUAAAAAAGAGCUAUAUGUGUUUGUUUUAUAUGACACUUUAGAUACCAUAUUGCCUACAAUAACUCAGUUUGUUCCUUAAUUUCCAAACUCUAGGAAGUUAAUAAUGACUUCCAGGAUCAUUUAUAGAAGUUACAUACCCAUCCAAAACCAAAAAUCACAAAUCUGUAACAGUGGGUUGUGUUCUGGGCUUGUUACUUGGCAAUAUUCUCAUAUUCUCUUGUGUUCCAUAGGUGAGACAAAGGGUGACAGAUCAGGUCAUCAUAAAGGAAUUGCUUAAAUAAAUACAUCUUUGCAUGGUACAGUUUCUCAUACUCAUGCGUUCCUUAUAGACAAUGCUUUUUCCCCGUAUAAGACUGUUGUUACUAUUACAGUCAGUGAUAUAUGAUCUCUGUUGGUUUCAUUUUGUGAAGUCUAGUCCUGCUCUGUAAUGUGCUUUAGAAUUUGCACCCUGUACUCUCCAGGAAUCAUGUUAUAUCAUUUUACAUGCUGUGUACAAGGAUGGACAGAGGCCGAAACAAUGGGAAACCUUUAGUCAAAUAAACUAAACAGUUUUUCAGUAACCAUCUGCAGGAACUCGUAACAUCAAAGUCUCUUUUCCCUGUAAAUGUCUUUGUGUAAAUUGUCAUUCCAAGUCACUGUUAGAAGAUAACAAUUAGAAACUUUUUAAGAUAUUGAGGGCAAGAAAUUAUAAAGAAAAUAUUACAUGUUCUUAUUAAGAGAUUAGAUUGCAUAUGCCUUUGAAGUGUUCUUUUAAAAAAGGUUAAGCUACUAAAGUGAGUGUGAAGUGAAAUGCUUUUGACUCCACACUGAACAGAAAACACUUUGUUGUUCAUGUCUUUGGAUACUAUGUGCUGCAAGUUGUAAAUAUGUGCAUGUUGUUUUUGUUUUUCUGCUUGUCUCUUAUUGCACUGAAUUCUACAAGGCAAAUAAGUUUUUUUAUAUCAUUCAUUUCAAAAAAGUUUCUUCCUCAACUCUUCCUCACUAUUUCCUCUUUUAAUUAGUUGGUAAAUUUAGAGAGUCAUUUAGAGUUUUUAAAACCCCAAAAUGAAUGAAGAAUGAUGGCUAUCUGAGAUCAUCCUGUAUCUCUCUGACUUAAACAAUUACAAGGUCGCUUAAAAUCUUCCACCGUGUUUUACAGAGCUGUUCUGCAGAAGUAGGAUGCUUCUCGAUAGCUACUUAUCUGUACUUCGAACAAGGAUAAAAGGGGAAAUAUGUGUGUAUGUGUGUGCCUGCAUAUACAUGUGUAUUUAUACAUAAUAUAUAUAAGCUUUUAAUCUCCCUCUGUAGAUAGAUCCUAAAGAUUAACUGUAGGAUUUAUGACUCCUUCACUCAUGAAUUGGCUGGCCCCCUGGAUAUGACAGUUUGAGGACCAUCCCAUGACCUGUGUAAAAUGAGUUUUACUUGUUUCAGGGGAGACAGGUAAUUGUUUGACAUAGUAUCCUCUUCAGAGACACCUAAGAAUGGUGGAUUUGGAACCUGACCUGUUUUGUUCCCUCAGUGUCAGAACUUAGGCUAGAAGUACUGGUUUAUUUGGUGAGGCAUAUAGUAAGGACAGUUAGCUGCUUUAGAAAUAGAGAAAUAUUAUGUUAGUAUAGGCAGUUAUUGAAUGUAGGCUUUUGAACAGAUGUUUAAAAAAUUUCUACUUUACCAACUUUUUUUUUUAAUCAGCCAAAUCAUUAUUCAGGAGUGUCACACAUAAUAAAAAGUGUUGUGUCGUGGUGUUAGCUUUUUUUUUGACAGUAGAUCCUUAACAUUGUUAACAACUUUUGCCAAUCUGGCUGAAUGGACAAAUAACUGUAACCAUGAACAUUUCUGAUGGCUGUUAGACUUUUUCUUCCUUUGUGAAUGGGAAAAUCAUUGUAUACUCCCUUUCUGGGUAGCUACCUAAAAUAUGCUGGUUCUGGUCCCUUGUGACCUUGUUUCCUUGAAGCCCAGAAUAUGAGUGCCUUUAGCAAGUUUUAGCAUUUCACAGAAAAAAAGCAGUGAUAGAAUUUUUGCCAUUGAUCACAAUUCAUAAAAUAGAAGCUUGGAAUGGCAAAGAUCUGUGUGAAUUCCAUGUUCUACAUUUCAUUUUUUCUUUUUCAGUGUGUUCUCAAUUUGAUAUUGAAUAAAACUUACAAUUCUUGAUCAGGAGCUAGAAUUCUAAAAAUGAAUUCAUUUGUCCCAGACUGGCAAGAGUCAUGAUUAUUUUAUUUCAUCUUGAUCUGUAUUGCAUUUAUAUUUAGUAAAUGGUAGUGUGGUAGAUUGGAAAGAGCUUGAUGUUAAUGUCUAGAAAAAACUUUAUUUCAGUUUCUUUAAACUCGUUUAUUCUGUAGAGAAGAAAUAUAUAUCUACAAGUGAAGUGUGUGACAAGAUCAUCAUGCAUACUAAAUACUAAUGGUGUCACAUCAUUCUCCUCAUUAAAAAAGGGUAAUCUUCCCAAAUCAGGUUUCAGACCUAUUUCUGCAAUUGUUUUCCUACUUCUGUUGACUUAAAAUUUUGAAUUGUCUGAGUGUUUUGACUCUUUAAAAUGAAAUUAAUUUUGGAGGUUUGGUUAGAAUUCACUGGUGAAGCCAUCUAGUCCUGGGUUUUGUUGUAUAGUAGAAAUAUAGUAGAAAUCCUCCACAUUAUGAAAAGAUUUAAAUGUACAUCAUUGUUUAAACAUUUUACAUUAUACCCAUCAUUAGAUUCUACCAUCAACACUUAACAGCAUUUGUAUUUCUCCAUCUCUACCCCUCCCUUUUUUCAUUCAUCUAGUCACUGAGGAUCUUUAACAUAUAUUUUAAUGUAAAUUUCAGAAAAUAGGUUUUCCUUAAACACCUUCAUAUAGGCAUCAUUAACCAGAGUUUAGUAUUUGUUGAGCAUUCAUAAAAGUAGUCUAUGAAGUUGAUUAACCUGAGCUAGUUAACAUAUAUUUUCUUUCUUCUGUAAGCUUUAGUCUUUUACUUUCUGUUUUGUUUCAUGUGUUUGAGAGGGAGGGAAGGCAACUUUUCAAACUGAGGUUUCUUGUUGUUGGCCAUUUAAAAUGCUAAAUUGUUCUACAUUUUAAAGUUUGAUGGUAUAUUUUUUUCCCUAUUUCUGAAGUAUUUUUGCUGAAUUGUAUAAAACACUGUAAAUUACUGAUUGGCAUUUAUUAAAUCAGCUUAUACCUCAUUUCAAUCUACUGCUGCUUUCUUCUAUGUUACCACUUCUUUCAUUAUCUUGACUUAUUCUGCCAGAAAGCAGAGAGAAAUAGAGUUGAACUCUAUAUGUGCUUAACUAUUUUAAACAACUCUAGAAGGUUUAGGAAGUUGAGGACCAUUAAUCUAUCAAAAGCCUUUGAAGCCCCUGAGAAUUGUGAUUGCCCUGUGUCCUCUAGCCAUAAUUAGCAGGAUUAUAAAUGAUUGUACUGUAUAAUACAUUGUUGAAUUGUGAGCCUUAGUAACCACCUUUAGCUUUAUUCUAGUACUGUUUAGAAAAAGUUUGAUAUAUGCCUUUGUUUUAGCCAACUUUUUGUGGAUACAAAUCUGAAGAAUUUAAGUGACUUGAUCCAGAUCAUGAAGCUUCAAUGGAUAAUUCAGUAUUGAAACUUUAAUAUUCCUGAUUCAUAUCCUUGUGCUUGUUUGCUUAGAUUAAUGGCUUCCAAAAUAACAGAACACUAACUUUGGGGCCCUUUAAAAUCAAAGUAUGUAUUUUUACCAAUUAAAUUUCUAACAUUCUUUAAACUUGAAGAUAUUUUUCAUGGUCAUAGUUCCUCAUUAAGCAAUGUGAUUGCUGAAAUGUUUCACUGUUAGAUAAUGCAGGUCUUGUCAGAUUUCUUUUUGUAUUUAAAUGUCCUUCAUGAUUCAUUCAUAACUCUAUGUGCUAAGUGCUUAAGUGACCCCCUCACUAGUGAAAAUGUUCUAUACCACUGAUUCUAUGUAUAUUCUCUACAUGAUAUAUUUUUUUAAGGAAAAGUAACCCCAUGUGUCAAGAUGAAGGAUACUCUCUUAGGGCAAAGCACAUAUAAGCAGCAUUUACAGGAACAAACUUAAGAGUGGCUGACCAUUGUUUUGCCUUUUGGUACUUAAGCACCUUUCUGUGGUUUUGUAAAUCAGUAUGUUGUUUUGUAAUACUUUAAUGUUGAUUCUGUGUUGUUUGAUGUUCACCUGGUGAUUUCCUCGGCUGACCAUAGUUUACUUUGGGUAUAGUGUGUCUGCUUUGAAAUGCCUUAUUCGAGAAUGUUAGACUGCUCUAAAGCAUUCCAUGUAUCUGCCAGGAUGAUAAGUUGCCUCUUUCGAUGUAUGCUCUACAUCCAGAAGCAAAACUGAUUUUGCUUUCAGUAUGUUAUAAUUGUAUUUUUGUACAGUUGUGGCUUGAAAUUUGAGAAUAAAAUCAUGGAACAGUAAGGGAAACUUUAGAACCCUUCAUUUAAUAGUGUGCUUUAAAGCUGCUUUUGCAGUAUCUCUGCUAAAGGAUAUAGGUUUAAAAAAAAAAAAAAGCUAGCCCAACUGUAUGAAUUGGGAUUGCUGUCUAAAAUUUUCUCUAAAUGUUAUUAGGGGUUUAACAUCAGUGUGUGCUAUUGGGGCUUAAGUGCCAGCCACUGCUUUGGAAAUCUGUUUGUGUAAUGGGGCUACAGAAAUGACAAAAGUAUUGUGGGAUUAAAACCAACCAACUGUGAAUUGCAAAACUGAAAUUGCUCUUUUGGUUUUAUUUUCUUCAGCAUAUUGAAUAUAGAAAUCUGAAAGUUAUUUAAAAAUUUACAUUGCUUAUGUUGAUGGCUCAUUUUGGCUGUGUACCCUCACUUAUGUAUACUGAUUUCUGAUAAAGGCUUGACGUUACUA